GACAUUGCACAUCAUGUCGCACGCACGACGCACACUUUUCUUAGCCACACUCGCCUGUGUACUCUACACCGCAUUGGCGCUGCCGCCAUGCGCACGCGAUGACGAGGAUUGCCGCGAAAGCCGCAUGCAUCCCGAUCUGCCGGAUCUGCCGCAGGGCAGAAUACUGCCACGCAAAAUCGAUGGCGAUGACACGAACGAUUAUUGGCGCAAUCAGGGCAAGGAAUUCAUCCAGACUAAAAUGGCACAGAAGUUAAAUACGCAGAAGGCUAAAAAUGUGAUUUUGUUCUUGGGUGAUGGCAUGGGCCUCACCACGCACUCGGCUGCACGCAAUCUCAUCGGCGGUGAGGAGCAAUAUUUAUCCUUCGAGAAAUUUCCCUACACUGGUCUAUCGAAAACUUAUGCCGUCGAUGUUAUUGUGUCCGACUCGGCGAAUACCGCGACUGCAUUCCUAUGCGGCGUCAAAGCCAUGAAAGGCACAAUCGGUUUGAGCGCACAGGUGGAACGCGAUGAUUGUGCGGCUACGCUGAAUACCACCAAUCACGUUCACUCGAUCGCCAAGUGGGCCAUGGAUGCGGGCAAGUCAGCCGGUGUUGUGACCACGACCAGAAUCACGCAUGCCUCGCCUGCGGGUGCUUAUGCGCACACAGCCGAUCGCGAUUGGGAGGAUGACACCGAAGUGAAAGGUGAUUGUGGUGCUGACACCACAGUGCAGGACAUCGCGUACCAACUGAUACAUGGCGAGGUAGGCAGCAAGUUGUCGUUCAUGAUGGGCGGUGGCAAGCGACAUUUCAUCGACAGUAAACUAUAUGAGAAUGGCACGCGUAGCGAUGGCCUUGAUUUGAUCGAUCAAUAUAAGAAAAUCAGUGACCGAAAUGCCUUUGUUGAGUCGCGCACUGAACUCAACAAUUUGAACUUUAGCAAUGUGGAUCGCGUGCUGGGUAUUUUCAGCGAUAGUCACUUGCAGUAUCACUUGGAGACCGAUGCGAACUCACGCCAACCCACACUGGAGGAGAUGACACGCAAGGCUAUUGAGUUUUUAAGCCGCAACGAAGAGGGUUACUUUAUCUUCAUCGAAGGCGGUCGCAUCGACACGGCACAUCAUGACAAUAUGGCGCGCUUAGCACUGGAUGAGGUGGUAGAGUUCUCUAAAGCCAUCAACGCGGCUCGUGAGUUAACCAGUGAAGAGGACACUCUAAUUGUGGUCACUGCCGAUCACUCGCAUGCCUUCAGCUAUUCUGGUUAUCCAUAUCGCGGUAAUGACAUCUUUGGCCGCACACCUUCUACCCCCGGUGACUCGAAGCCUUUAAUGACCUUGAGCUACGCAAACGGUCCGAGCUUUGAGAAAUUCUACGAUGUUACGAAUAAGGAGCGUCGUGACCCGACUACGCUUGUCACCGGUGAUGUUCAUGAUCAAUUCCCCGCAACCGCUCCAUUGGACUCGGAGACCCAUGGUGGUGAUGAUGUUGCUGUAUUCGCUUCCGGACCCUGGGCUCAUUUGUUUACUGGAGUUUACGAGCAAAAUACCAUUCCACAUAUGAUGGCCUAUGCUUCGUGCUUGUCUGAUGGCCUAACGGUAUGCUCCACAGCUUAGACAUCGGUUUUUUUAAAUCUACAUUUUCUAUUAAAAUAUCUAUAUUUUAAAAUAAAUUAUUGGUAUCAUUAUUGAAUAGUAA